GGUUGCUAGGUGUAUUAGCGUCCUAUCUGUGUACGGUUGCUAGCUAAUGGCUAGCUGGCUAAAAGCAGCGUAAACACACAUGCCGUAUCGAAAAUGGAUCAUAUAAGUUCCAGUUCCGGAUGAGCACGCUGAAACGAUAUAAACCUAUAUUUACCAAAGCAUAUGUGAAAGGUAGGUGUUUUGAAGUUUUGGGGCACUCACAUGAGUUCCAGGGAGGCAGCCAAGAUGGGGGACAUCUUGGCAACUGAAGCCGAUCUUCUUGGGAUGAUCAAAGAGUACCUUAAGUUUGAGGAAUUUGAAGAGACUGUUCACAGUUUGGAAAAGGACUGCAAAAGCAAAGGCAAGCUCGUCUCAAAGCCUCAAGGAAGUACUCUCAGAGACUCAAAGACUCGUGUUAUCCAGAAAGACCUCCUUGGCUGUUUUGACGACGGAGACCACAAAGUGUUCUUUGAACUGUGGACUGAGAAUAUUCCCUCUGAGGUUAAAGACACGGACGCUGAGGCCCAGAGCCUGGAGUUCUACCUCUACAUCCACUUCACCAUCUUCCCACUGAGGAGGCACCCUGGUAGACAUGACCGGGCUGAUUUUGACGAGAGGAUUUCCCACUUCAAGCAGUACCUGGAGACUCGCGGAGCGUCAUUGAGCCAGACCGCAGAGUUCCUGCCUUACUAUGCUUUGCCUUUUGUUCCAAACCCCGCUGUCCAUCCUUCCUUCAAAAAUCUGUUCCAGGAUUCCUGGAUACCACAGUUGAAACAUAAGCUGGAGCGGUUUCUGUCGGUGACACUGAAGUCAUCCAACACCCCACGGCUGCUGAAUUUAUAUAAGGAGGGAGGAAGGAGCACUAAAGAGGCCACACAGCAGUUACAGCUCCAGCUGGUGGAAUCAGACAGACGCAUAAAUAGCUACGUACGGAAGUUCAACAAGAUGCAGGCCGACUACCACAACCUGAUUGGAAUCACGGCUGAGCUGGUCGACUCGUUGGAGGCCACUGUCAGCGGAAAAAUGAUCUCCCCUGAGUACCUGCAGAGUGUGUGUGUCCGCCUGUUCAGCAGCCAGAUGAGGCAGAGCGUGGUGCAGAGCACUGACUUCACCAGACCUGGCACUGCCUCCUCGUUGCUUCGAGCUUCCAUUGCACCACAGAGACCCAAAGAGGUACCAAUGCUGCCCUCACUGGACUAUGAAAAGUUAAAGAAAGACCUGGUUGAAGGCUCCGACAGACUCAGGGCUCUGCUGCUUCAGGCGCUGCGCUGGAGACUGACUCGCUCUCUGCCUGGUGAGCAAAGAGACACCGUGCUUCAGGCCUUCAUCAGCAACGAUCUGCUGGAGCGCUACAGCACAAAACAGAAAACUGUGCUUCAUCUAAUGAGCUCCAGGAACGAGAUUGUCCGCCAAUACAUGGCUCGUCUCAUCGAUGCAUUCGCUUCCCUUGCAGAGGGUCGGGUUUACCUCUCCCACAUCCCCAUUCUGCUGAAACGUCUGACAGAGGCGCUGAGGAUGGAGGAAAAAGACUCCGUAACGAGAGAGAACGUGCUAGUGGCGUUGCAGAAGCUCAGCCUCAGGAGGAGCCAGCAGACGGCCAUGAUAGCAGACGAUCUGAUUGGCUGGCUGGUGGAUGAGCUGCAGGACUCUGACUGCCUGAGCGACUACACCCUGGAGUACUCUGCUGCUCUGCUCAUGAACCUGUGUCUGCGAACAAAAGGAAAAAGGAAGUGUGCGGAGAACGCCAAGCAUGUGCUCAAGGUUCUAACUGACCUCCUUGGACAUGAGAACCACGAGAUUCGACCAUAUGUGAAUGGAGCCCUGUACAGUAUCCUGUGUAUUCCCUCUGUGAGACAGGAAGCCAAAGAGAUGCUAGUGUUUGGACAGGAAACAACAGGUGUUCACAGUCAUAUGACUCACUCUCUGUACAAAGAUACAGCUGAUGAUGAGGGGCCAGAAUCAGAUGAUGAAGAAGAAGAGGACGACAAUGAUAUCAUGACCAACAUGGCGAAAGUGAAGAGGAAGUCGAUCCCUGUGCUGCCAGAAAGUGGUGAUGAACCCCUGCAACGGCCAGUCACCCCUAGCUCUCAUCGUAACGUCAAUGCAAUCGAGGAAGGAAGUCUGCCUCCUUCUCGAUACAACUCCCGCCCCCCCACACGCUCGGGCAGUCGCCCCAGCACUGCUGACUCCCUGCGUCACAGUAUCGACUCGGAGUGCGGCCGGCUGUCCCAGGAGUCAGAGUUGGACGGGCCAUAUGAAGGGCAAGCCAGAAAAGUACAUUCCCAGGUGGAACACAAUGGACACUCUGCCAGUGGUGAGUAUGGCUCUGCAUAUUCAAGCCAGCCCAAAGUUCCCCGAACCCCUGAACAUCCAGCCCGACAGAACAGCAGCGCUCUGCGGGCUCGGGGCCCCGCUCUGGCCCCCCAGUUUUCCCACUCAGAGCCACAGCAGAGCAGCCGGCCCGGCUCCGUGAGCGCCACAGAAGGAGGGGGACAACAGAGUGGAAGCAGUCAGUCGAAGAGGAGGUGAAGAGGGAGCUGUCACCAUGGAGGAGCGUUAUCUGUCCGGGAACAUCAGGCUUCCUGUAACAUCAUCCCCUCAGGUUGGGAUCGAGGUCAGGGCAACAGAGAUGGUCCAGGAUCAGCAGCAGCAGCAGCAGCAGGAGGCGCUUGAACAAUGUGAAGGAUUGUGGCUCUCCAUUUUGUCUCCCCUUCCCCCCUUUUUGGCUUCAGCACAGACUUCUUCUGUAACAUAAUAUAAACAAUAACCACAAUCCCCCGCCGUCCAACCCUGUGCACCUUGCAGUCUUAGCUGGCACUGAUUCUCUCUACUCUCUCAUCAAGGUUAUAGUUGGCACCAUUAAAUAUGUGAAACACAUCCAGGCAGGACCAAAUUCACAUUUAGAGGAAUGCGUGUAUUCUAAGGAGUUUGCUCGGAGCUGAGGAGCUUAAAGAUUGAAAUAUCCGAUCAUAGCUUUGCUUGAGUCUGAAUACAAGCUGAAGUGUUCUUACUUAAGCAUAGUAUUGUUUUACCUGGUUUUCACUAUAUAUAAAUGAGGGAUUAGGGGUUAAGAAAAUAUAACAUGACUUGGCAUACAGAUAAAAUGUUUGCUAAACUCUUGAUUGUCAAAAAGGGAAAUGUGUUCAACAUGACGAAUGGCAAAUGAUUUUUUAUGUCUUUGAAUCGAUUGUACAGAUAUAAGUUCUCAUCUUGAUUUCACUACGUCCUGUAUAUAUGGAUUUUUUUAAUGUGGUGGAAAAGAUCCGUCCACAUAAAUAAAUAAUCGUACUGGCUUUAUUUCAAAUAUUUCUCGUAUCAGAGUAGCUGCUCUUGUCUAACUUAUGUUCCAGGAAAUGUUCAGCCUGACAAGUUGUCAGGCUAGUGCAUGUUUAGAAAUAUAUUUAGAAGUGCUUAUUGCAAUUAACAUACACUACCCUCUAUACACCAUCUGACCAAAAGACUUGAAUUGUGUCUUGAAUCCAGCAUUGUACAUUUGCACGGUGUUAUCCAGGCGUGGUAAUGUACAGUUUAUUUAUGUAAACCGCUACAUUUUUGUACUUUUUAAGUGGUUUUAAAUAAAUGUUUGACUAU